AUGGUACCUGAGUUACCUUUGUUUGAUUUGGCUACCAUUAAUACUGCUACUAACAACUUCUGUGUCAUAAAUAGAACUGGCACAGGCAGCUUUGGUCCUGUUUUCAAGGGCAGUUUGUCAACAGGACAAGAAGUAGCAGUGAAGAGGUUGUCAAAGAAUUCAGGACAGGGCAUGCUUGAGUUCAAGAAUGAAGUUGUUUUGAUUGCGAAACUUCAGCACAAGAAUCUUGUCAGGCUUUUGGGUUGCUGCAUUCAAGGAGAAGAAAGAAUAUUACUCUAUGAAUAUAUGCCUAACAAAAGCUUGGAUUAUUUUAUUUUUGAUCAAAACAGAAGAGCAUCAUUGGCAUGGGAUAAGUGCUGCAAGAUUGUUAUGGGGGUAGCACAAGGGCUUCUCUACCUCCAUCAAGACUCUAGAUUUCAAAUUAUUCACAGGGAUCUCAAGACAAGCAAUAUUUUACUGGAUGACAAUCUCAAUCCUAAAAUUUCAGACUUUGGCUUGGCAAGAAUUUUUGGAGAGAAUGAAAUGGAAAUGAGAACAAAGAGAAUUUUUGGGACUUAG